AAACACACCCACGUCCUCCCAGCAGCUUCUCUCCGCUGCACACUCGCCUCCUUCUGGAUGCCGUUGCCUGCACAAUGUUUCCACAACAAGGAUAAUAUCUACCAUGCUUUACCUUUAAACAUAUUUCCCCCCCGGAUCGUGUUUUCGGGAGCGGCGGGAAAAGACUUCCACCUCCGCGUCGUCCAGGCAACUCUUGAGAUUCAAGGAGAAGCGUGGGAGGCGGUGAAUAGACGGGCAAAAAAACCUGCAGUAAGAUGAGCCUGGUGGAGGUGAGGCAGUUGGCGGGAUCGUUGACCCUGUCCCUAUCCAGCAACAACUCCAAGGAGCGCUGCUAUGAGAGCGAUCCGGAUAGCCUCCGGAGCCGUGCCUUGUCUCCGGACCUGAGGCAGGACUUUAACAUGAUGGAGCAGAAGAAGAGGGUCACCCACAUCCUGCAGAGUCCGGUGUUUAAAGACGAACUGGAAGGCCUGAUUCAGGACCAGCUGACAAAGGGCAACAACCCCACGGGUCUCCUGGCUCUGAGACAGAUAGCCGACCUGGUCAUGGCCAGCACCGUGGGAGGGGCCGGGCCCUUGACGUCGCCCAUCAGCUUGGGAAUGGUCUCGCCAAUUAACGACUUGUACGGCGCGGAGUCGCCAUCCUUCGCCAAAGGAGAGAAGCCGAGCCGCUGUAGGCUGGCCAGCCUCUACAGGCUCGUUGACCUUUUCAGCUGGGCUCGCUUCACAAGCUCCUACAUCACCGUGCGUGUCAACAAAGAGCAGGACCAUGUUCUUAUCAGCCCGAGAGGUCUUUCUUUUGCCGAGGUGACCGGAGCAACUUUGGUUAAAGUGAACAUGAUAGGCGAUGUUGUGGACCAGGGCUCGACCGAUCUGGGAAUCGAUCACUUCGGAUUCGCUCCCCACGCCGCCAUCUACGCCAUGCGGCCCGACUUGAGAUGUAUCGUCCACGUCCACACCCCCGCCACAGCUGCCGUGUCUUCCAUGAAGUGUGGAAUACUGCCCAUUUCCCAGGAGGCCUUGCUUCUUGGAGACGUGAGCUGCUUCGGUUACCAUGGCAGCCUGGAUAAUAGAGAGGAGAAGGUGGAGUUUCAGAAAGCUCUGGGCCCGACUGCCAAGGUCAUGAUCUUGCGAAAUCACGGGCUGCUGGCCCUCGGAGAAACCGUGGAGGAAGCCUUCCACUACAUGUACCACUCCCAGCAAGCGUGUGAAAUCCAGGUGCGGGCUUUGGCGUGCUCCGGCGGCGUGGACAACCUGGUGCUCCUGGACAGAGAGAGGUUCAAACCGCUGACACAGGGUGUGGCUGCUGCCGGAGUGCUCAUGAGCAACGACUUCAAGUGGAAAGUGGGAGAGGCUGAGUUUGAGUCCCUGAUGAGGAUGCUGGACAACCUGGGCUACAGAACAGGCCACUCUUACAGGAACCCCAUUGUCCGUGAAAAGCCCAGGUCUAAGAACGACGUGGAGAUCCCCGCCACCGUGUCUGCGGUGACAGCGGAGGACGACGAGUCGGGCCUGCGCAGCCCCUUCCAGUUCAUGGUGCAGAAGCAGCAGCGGGAGCGCACCAGGUGGCUCACCUCGCCCAACAGCUACUUGAGGGUGAACAUGCCGGAGCAUUCUCCCAGCGGGGACGUCAGCCCCAGAACCAAAACAAUGUGGAUGAGGUCUUCAGAGCCAGGCAAGACCGUGGGCACGCCGAUAAAGAUUGAAGACCUGAACCAAUUCGUCCCACUCAACACUGACCCCACAGAGGUUUUACACAAGAGGAACCGAAUAAAAGAGCAGCACAGAGGAGACCAGAUGACCGCAGGUCCAAAGUCCCAGUUACUAGCAGGCAUUGUUGUGGACACCAUACCAGGACCCGCUUUCAUCAUCGAGGAUGAGGAGCACACUCGCUCCCUUCCCCCGAACCCUUUCAACCAUCUGACAGAGGAGGUGCUGAAGGAGUACAAGAACAUGGUGGAACGCAAGCAGCAAGGCCAAGACGACGACGAAGACGCCACCGAUGCAGACGAGAUGACCACGUUUGAUGGCUCGACAAUUUCCCUUUCACUCUCUCCCAUGAUGACGCCAACCAAGCAAGACUCCAUAACCAACGGGAAAGACCAGGUGUCAGACCCGGAGGAGGACCUGAGCACCGAGGUUUCCAAGCUGAGCCUGAGCACCUCGGAGUCGCUGGAAACCUCCACCGCCACCAAGGGGGAGGCGCAGACUCCGGAGAGCCAAGCCAAGAAGAAGAAGAAGAAGUUCCGCACGCCGUCCUUCUUGAAGAAGAGCAAGAAGAAAAGCGAAGCGUGCGUGCAUUAACGCCAGGGUAAACACCGCCUUCUUAAGACGUCCCUGAACAAGUGAAAGAUCGCAGUGGUUCUCUGGCCUGUGUUUUUAACCACAGCUCUCUUUUUUUCUAACGAUAUUCCUUUUUUUGCACAAACUCCUCUUAUGAAUGUAUCCUAAACUAGCACGUGGCUAAAGAAACAUUCCAGAUGGUCGACUAUUAGACGUGAAAUACUAAAACUCUUGUACUAAACACGCUGUGACUAUGAUGUAAUAAUAGGCUGCUUGCAUCAAUCAUGUGACCUACAAUGUGAAGCUGUGUAAAUAGUUUUGCUAAAAAUGUGACCGCACAAUCGUAACACCGCCAUGUUUUUAUAUGUCCUCAGCCGGGUUAUAACCUUUACGACGCUUUUGCCCACGUGGUUGAUGUUUCAAGACAGCAGGGCGUUCCGCUAUGAAAUAAAGCCUGGUCCAACUA